UGCUGACGGGCUGACCUUUUUCUUGGCGGGUUUCUCCACCCCAUUGAAUACAACGCUCACUCGUGGGGGCGGCCUUGCGCUAAUGAAUGAGUUUAUACCAAAAUCUCCAGAUCCUUUCGUUGCUGUGGUGUUUGAUACCUAUUCACACCCGCAUCACCGCCCCAUGACGAACGUAAGUAUCAACAUCAGAUCUAUGCUAAAACCUGUUAAUAUCACGCCAUGGUUUAACAAUAUUACACAGGCGGUGGAGAAUAACGCUUCCAUAACUUACAAUGCUAGUUCCAAGAUUCUCCAAGUUGUUUUUACAGGAUUCUGGAAUGACCAGUACUUGACAGACAGCCUUAGAUACGAGGUUGAUCUGAGGGACUGGUUGCCCGAAUUUGUUAGCAUUGGCUUCUCAGGUGCAACAGGAGGGAGGUUUGAGAAAAACAAUGUCAGAUCGUGGCAGUUCCAUUCCACUUCGCUAAAGAAAAAAAAGAAUGAAUUGGAAGGACAAAUAGUAAUAGGAUUGAGUAUUGGUGUUCCUGUUUUAGUUGCUAUGUUGGCUCUAACUAUUUAUUCUCGUUUUAAGAAGACAAGGGGACCAGAAGGCCAGAAGCACAUUAUUCUUGGUCGGGCCAUGGAUAGUGAGUUUGAAAAGGCUGGCAGUGGAGCUAAAAAGUUCCCAUACAGUGAAUUGGAAAGUGCAACUAACAGCUUUGCAGAGGGGCAGAAGCUUGGAGAAGGGGGAUUUGGAGGGGUUUAUAGAGGUUUCUUAAGGAGCCUAAACUUGGAUGUGGCUGUCAAGAGGGUCUCAAGUGGGUCUAAACAGGGGAUUAAGGAAUAUGCAUCGGAAGUAAAGAUCAUCAGCCGAUUGAGACAUAGAAAUUUGGUACCACUUCACGGUUGGUGCCACGAGAAAGGAGAGCUGCUGCUUGUUUAUGAGUUCAUGCCAGAAGGCAGCUUAGAUUCCCAUCUCUUCAAGAAAACAUCGCCAUUGAAUUGGGGGAUCAGGUAUGGAAUUGCACAGGGCUUGGCCUCAGCUUUGCUGUAUCUACAUGAAGGGUGGGAAAAAUGUGUGUUGCAUAGGGACAUCAAGUCCAGUAAUGUGUUGUUGGAUUCAAGCUUCAAGGCCAGGCUAGGGGAUUUUGGGUUAGCCAAGCUUGUUGACCAUGAAAUGGCACCUGAAAAAACCUUGUCUGGAGGAACACCAGGGUACAUAGCCCCAGAGUGUCAUUACACGUUCAAGACUAGCAAAGAAUCAGAUGUGUAUAGUUUCGGGAUUGUUGCAUUAGAAAUUGCAUGUGGACAGAGAGCUAUUAUUGCCAACGAAUCAGGUGUGAAAAGGUUGGUGGAAUGGGUUUGGGAUCUGUAUGGAACGGGAAGGCUACUGGAAGGUGCAGAUCCUAAGCUAUGCGGAAGUUUUGAGGGCCAAGAAAUGGAGAGAUUAAUGAUUAUCGGAUUAUGGUGUGCUCACCCUGAUAAUACCAAUCGGCCAAAAAUGAGCCAAGUUGUACAUUGUCUAAAAUUCCAAGUGCAAUUGCCUAUCCUUCCAUCAAAGAUGCCUAAGCCAAUUUACUCUACUCCUCCUCCAGAUACAUUCUCUUCUUUUGGAGUCGAAGAUGGUGAGAAACAACACUUUGGGUACCAUAAGAUUUUGGGCUUCAACACUAGUCUAUCACGUUUCAUUACAUCUUCUAGUCCGUUGUUGGAAAUUAAAAAUUACUUUACAACGUAUAGUGAUCCAACAUUUUUGUGAUUGUUUCAUGUAAUAUUGUAAAUAUAUUAGUACUCUACAUUUAACGUGUUUUGUUUUUCA